UAUACUAACAUACACAAAGGGAUAUACUGCGAAAAUAUGAUCGAAAGUAAAUGGAAUACAUUAGUAGGCAUAUUGGCAUCAGAAUUAUAUCAUCCAUACUUGAUAUUUGGGGAUGUUCUUACCCCUUACUACUUGAUGAUCACGUAACAUUUAUUGCUGCUCAACUCCUAUUGUGUGAUUGAAUACGACACAAGAUUAAAAUGGCCGACUCCUCAAAUGAUUCUGAUUCAAAUAUUUUCCCAAAAGAAGAGGAAGAAGAGGAAGAAUCCCGCCUAGAGGAAAGUGAUAGCGAAGUGUGGAGCGAGCCCGACGAGCCUGAACCGGGGGGUGAGGUAGGGCCAGGAGCGGAUUCGGAUCUGAGUGUGGUCACCGCUGUAUUGCGCGUGCGACCCAACGGCGCCGCAGAUCCAGAUCACAAUCUGGAACAGACAAUCCUUAUCGCACUGCACCCUGAUUUCCCGGGACUAUCUGGAGAUUCGGAAAGGCAAAAUGGUGACAAUAAGGAAGGAGAGCCGAAGGACGCCGGUAAUGCCGAUAAUACCGAAAAUGCAAGCAAUGUUGAUAACGAUGGCAAUGCCGGUAACGAUGGUUCACGCAGGCGAGCAGCUAUAGUAUUUCACCUCUUUCACAAUGGGGAAUCGGUGUCGACAACAACAUGGCGUACUACACAUGAGAAUUAUAUCCCCGCGGAAACGCCAGAUUGGGAGUGGCGGGUAAGCGGCGAGGUUGAUUUCACGGAGGUGACUCCAAUACGUGGCAGCGUGUUACCGGAGGGCCGCCGGUUGUUACCUCAGGAAUGGUUGACCAGGCGCUUUGAAGGUGGCGCGCAUAUAGACACGCCACAGCAACCUCAGAAUCCUGUAGAAACCACCCCCACACCAGCUCAGAACCAAGGUCGAGAGAAUAUCAAGAUUAUAGCUCUAAUUUGUAUUCUUUUGAGCAUGAUGAUAUUUUGGGUAUCCUUGCUCCUUCCAAGAAUUACAAUGGCGGGCAACCGAAGGGACGCGUAUUCAUAACGGCAGAAGGUGUCUAGUGGCGUACUUUAUAUACCCAAGAACAAGACCUACGUAACAAGUAGCAUUGUAUUAACACCAGAAGGGAAAUGCUUUAGAUGUGCAUAUCAUAAUCUAAUUGUUAUAUUAUCUAGGUAGAUACCUAAUAUACCAUAGUUACGGACAUUGUAACCUCAGGACAGCUAGGCAUAAAACUCAAAGUUAUAACAUUGUCCGUAAUAUGUAAGAAUUAUACCUUCAUAAUCAUUAUUACUUUUG